AAUAUAGCUCAGCAGCGGAGCCCGGAAGUAGGGCUGGACCUCGGCUCUUUAUAAACAUGGCCGUUAAGUCCUUAACAGCAUCAGGUACUGCGUUUGGCUGAAUUAGUUAGACAUUCAGGAAGUCACGGGGGUUAACUAACACAGUAACAGGUGGAAAGAAAAUGUAGACACUCAACGGGCGCCUCUUACUUAUUUUAGUUGUUUUAUCUCUGCGUGAGGACGACAUUUAAAAACUUCAUGUAGUACUUUACGCUAGCUAGCUCACCAAGCUAACGCCGACGUCUCAGUGUUAACUUCUGUCAACUUUUUCAACCAGCUAGCUUAAUCUGCUACUUGACCGCUCAUCGACAUGGAGGAGUGCCGUCGCUCGACCUGGUUGUCUCGAUGAAUAUUUUACACACGGACGUGUCGGAGUUUCUCAGCUAAGGGCUGUCCAGAACUUUAUUGAAGGCUCCUUUUGGGUUGUUUUUUUCCACUGGCAACAGCCAAGCGCCCGUUUAGGAACAUCGCUGAGAGGGCGGACAUAAACAAUGUUUUCUGUCAAACCCAUGAAACCAACCUUCAAGUGUUAUCUUCCUCCUGUGCAGACUGAUGUGAAGAAAACUAUUGAACCACCUAUUAAAAAGUUGGAGCCUAAGUUACUUCAAGGAGAGAUUGUAGUUAAUGAGGUGAACUUUGUGAGGAAAUGCAUCAGCGCUGAAAGCAGCCAGGAUGACCUAUGGGGAAAGUUGAUAUGCACCAACUUUAAGGUCUCCUUCAUCCCUCAAGAUGCUCCUUCUAAACAGAGGUCCCAGUUGUCCCACCUCCUGCUUGGAGAACACGACAUUCCCCUCACCUGUCUGGAGCAAGUAGUGACAGUAAAUGAUACGAAGGGGAAGAAGAAAGUAUUGGGGUCAAACCAGAAGCUGAAAUUCAACCCGACAGAGCUCAUCCUCUAUUGCAAAGACUUGCGCAUCAUAAGGUUCUGCUUUGAUGAGGCUGGACCUGAGAGCGCCAAAAAGGUUUGCCUUGCUAUUGCCCACUAUUCCCACCCAGCUGAUCUUCAACUGCUGUUUGGCUUUGAGUAUCAAGGGCGGCGAUACCAUGAAUCCAAAGCGGAGCGAGUCAAUGGUUCCGCCCCUCGAGGAGGAUUGCGGCCCCCCAUAUUUGACCGUCCAUCGGACUGGGAUCGGGAGAUCAAGAGAACAGGGGCAUCGGAGUGGAGGGUGUGCUCCAUCAAUGAGAGUUAUGCCAUCUCGCAAAGUCUUCCAGAGUAUAUUGUGGUCCCAGUUUCUCUGGCAGAUCAGGAUCUAAAGCAGUACUCCAUAUACUUCACUGAUCAGCGCAUCCCUAUCUGGUGCUGGAAUCACCCAAAUGGAAGUGCUCUUGUCCGCAUGGCCAGCAUAAAUGAUCCAGUGCAGCAGAAGAAGAUCGAGCAGAGGGUUUUCACCGCCAUCACAAAAAGCCACCCACAGCGCAGUGAAGUAGUCCGGUCAGAUCUCGACAAGUAUCUCCCUAACAUCCAGGACAUCCAGACUGCGUUUGUUAAAGUCAGGCAGAUCUGCGUCAUAGAUCCUUUUGAGGAGUCGGAGGAGAGAUGGCUCACAUCUAUUGAAAACUCUCGGUGGCUCGAGUACGUCAGGGCUUUCCUGAAACACUCAGCUGAGAUUGUGUACCACCUGGAUGGGAAGAAUGUUUCAGUUGUUCUCCAAGAGGAGGAAGACAGAGACCUGACCUGCGUAGUGUCCUCCUUGGUGCAGCUCAUGUUGGAUCCUCAUUAUCGCAGCCUCGUUGGCUUUCAGAGUUUGGUGCAGAAGGAGUGGGUGAUGGCUGGCCAUCGCUUCUUGGACAGAUGCAACCACUUAAAGAAGAAUGACAAAGAGGAGUCUCCACUGUUCAUGCUGUUCCUGGACUGCGUGUGGCAGAUGAUGAACCAGUACCCGGCAGCGUUCGAGUUCACAGAGGCCUAUCUGACUGUACUGAGUGAUAGCAUGUGGAUCCCACUCUUCAGUACUUUCCUCUUCAACUCUCCCAAACAGCGUGCUCAGCACUUGAUGGACUUUGCCAAGAAUAAAGCCAUCCCUCAAGGAGAGGACCAGGUUGUGUAUUUCCCUCCUGUUUGGGACUGGUCGCAGCAGUACUCCACCAAAGACCAAACCCUGUUUAACAACCCCAUGUACGUAGGCAAAGGAGCGGCCUGCGUGCAGAAUGGAGAAGUGAAAACCUUCAGACGCACGAAGCAGAAAACCUACAGUUCCACACUGCGAGGAACGCCUGCUUCUCUGCGCAAUGGACUGAAGGGUGGAGAGGAUUCGUUGCCCCGACGGGGCUCUCUGGUGUCGGAGCUGAAGCCUUACUUGUCACCAGUAAAAGACGAGAGCCCGUCCGAGCGCUUCUUCAGGGACUGGUUCUCUCGGCCUGUUGAUCAGCAGGGCCUCCUGAUUCCCCUGCUCACGCCCUCACACAUGGCUCUCUGGAAGCUCUACUUUCUACGGUGGGUUCCUGAGGCCUGCAUUCCCAGAGGAGGCCCCAUCACCGCCUACCACAAGCUCUCCCAACUGGUAGAUGAAAUUGAGAUACUACAGCGCCAGCUCAGGCAAUAUAAGGGACCCACUCCAGGCAGCACGCCACUCCCCAGCCCAAGUGGGCCCCUCUCAGACCAAAGGAGGAUGUAUUUUAAGGCCAGUUCCCCAUAUGACCCCCCUACACCUCCAGACUUCCUUACCUCCUCCUUCCCUUUCACCCCAAUGGGAAACCUGUGUCGCCGCAGCAUCCAUGGGACCCCCAUUAGCAAAUUUCUGAAUGGGGCAAGGAUCUGGCUCUCGACAGAGACUCUUGCUAAUGAUACUGUCUGAAGAUGUGGGGCGCUCAGGCUCACUCUUCUGAGCUCAACACAGGUUUGUGUAACAAUUAAUCAUCUUAUUUUCUAUUACCUCUUUCUUAAAUACCAAGAAGGAAAAUGAGAAAUAGAAAAAUUUAACUUUUGACUUCUGAUUUAAUAAUUUAUAAGCUAGAAUUUGCACCGUUGUUGCUGCAUCGAAAGCUGAGGUAGUUUCUAAACUGAGGUGUUCCCUAUAGGACUGAACCAUUAUUGUCCAUUACAGCUGAGGAAUUCAGAUAAACCAAAGCACAUCCUCCUUAUUGGCCAGUGAGUUGUUACUGUGAGGUCUCCUUUGACUGUGAAAGAUCAUCAUACUUAAUGCAUUUUUAUUAUAGAUGUAUUUUUUGUCUACUUCAUACUGUAUGACCCACACAAAGAGUGCUUUUAUAUAUUUUAAUGUUGAGUUGAGAGCUUCCUCUCCAAUAUUCAAUACACAUUUUAAAGCUAUAAUUGGAAUUUAAGUAUGUGUGUAGCUGUACUGUCAGUUAAGUUGUCCUUUUGUUGAGUUCUCGUUGGUCGGUAAGUCUUCCCCACUGUAAUGGAAUAGAAAAAUGUAAUCCAGGUAGGAAUGCUUGAAAUAAGAAAAUGCCCGUUUUUACUGCAGCAGCAAUGAUGCAUUUCACUGAACACUGAUUUCCAAGUACUCAAUUUGUUUAUACCUUCCAGGAAAGUAAUUGACAAUAGAAUAUUUUACCUAGUUUUAUUUCAGAAAGAGGAACAGAAAAUAACACUGCUAACUAGUAUUUUACUACGUGGUAAAAUCAAAGAGGAUCUGGCCUGGUUGAAUGUAAUGGGGCUUUUUUUCUCCUUUUGCACAAAUUAAUGCUUUCCGCUCCAAGUGCCCAUAUUUUAAUGGCUGUGUUGGGGUGUCACUGUAAGCAGCAAAUAGUGUGAUUUCAGGGUCUUUGUAGAUUUACUCUAUUUUUGAAGCAGAUAAAAGGGCCUUUAUUUUUAGUAUCAUGAAGCAGGUGAUACUGAUAGGGCAAAGUGGAGCUGUGAGGACUUCAACCUGUGGUAGAUAUUUCCUCUUCUCUUUCUGAAGGGGUUUUAUUAAACUUUUAUAGAAGCCUUCUGGUAAGGCACCGAGGAGAUGCUAUACAUAUUAACCAUAGCUGAAUGGGUAAAUAUUUGAAAGCAAAGGGACAGACAAGGGCUUUGACUCAAACCAGUCUCUAGUUUAGUGCGCAGUGAAUUUCAGGCACUUAAGUUACUGAUCCAGUGAACUGGACAGUGACAGGUGGAUGACGAGUGACAUGGUUUCAAAGCAGCAUAUGGGAAAAAGCCAGCAAUAAAUCAUCUAUAUAGCAAGUGUCAUAAAUAUAUUAUGUGUGCAAUUUUGACAUUUCAGAAUAAAAUGACAAUGAGGUCGGAUGUCAACUAUAACCACGGGCUAUUUAAAGAAAAAGGCCUGGUGUUUGCACAAAGGGAAAGGUUAAACAUACUGUAUGAAGCUAUAAUAUCACUUAGUUUUGUAGUAACAUUUUUCCAGAUAAUGCUUCUCUGUGGAGAGAAAUAAUAUAACAGAAAAUAAGCAGUGAUGGUGACGGUGAGGUUAGUGCAUUAAGACGUUAACAAGUAUUUAUGGUGCAAUCAGAAUUUCCUGGCGAACCUCCAGUGCGCUGCAAAGACUUUGUCAUUUGGACACCUUUUAAAAGUGUCUGUCUGGGAAGUUUACUACCUGCUGAAUGAGAGAGUGGUUUGAGAUACAUCAGGGGAAAUGGAUCCAGUGCCAUUUAAAACUGGUGAGAAACAAGCACUGUGUGAUAUCCUAAUGUCUUAAAAUAACAGUACAGCAUUUAAAUAUUGUUGUAAUUUUAAAUUUAAGACCACUGGACGGACUCAGCACCUGUCCUUAUACAGAGGAACAUUGAUACUUAGAUGCUAGAUUGACCCAGAAUUCAAUAUUCGGAUAAACUCGUGAUUCUUUGGCAAUAACUAGUUCAGGUGUUUUUUUGAUAAUAGAUGUGUAUAGUGUGAGUGCACAACCUGCUCUCCCAAAUGCUAUUAAUUGCACAUUUUACUCAAUAUAUAGGAUAGUUUGUUUUAAGGUGGUUGUUGAAUAUAAUUUUGGCAGAUAUUAUAAAUACUGUAUAUGCUUGAAAUCUUCCAAUUAAUGUUUUUGAUUAAUGGUACUAAAUACCUUUUAUCCUUGAUUUAGUCUUUAUAUUUUCUGGAGAGAUAUUUAUAUGAUGUGUUCUUCCACUAAUUCACAGUGCUGCACUCUGCUGUAAUUGCAUGAUGACCGUGCUGUCACUGUGGCACAGUCUGAUAUUGAUGAGCAGCAGAUGUAUUUAUUCAGUUAUGCAAAAUGUUCUCUACGAGGGAUGCGAGUGCUACUGUACAUCCCCUGUGCCUUUUUUGGGAAGAUUGACCAUUUUUGUAACUAUAUUCUAAAUCUGACUUAACUUUAGUUUUCUGAAACUGUUGAUUUAUCAAUUCUGUAAAUCUAGUUAAAUUCAGUGGUACUGCACUGAAGCUGUCGAGGCUCAACUGUGUACCAGUAACAAUCAUUACAUUAUUUUUCAAAUGAA